UCAAUUCAAUUUCUUUCAAUUUUCAUCUUCUAUAUAAGAAUCAAACAAAAUGUCUUUCUCAGACUUCACCAACGCUUCUACCCUAAAGUCAUUGAACGAAUUCUUAGCUGACAAGUCUUACGUUGAAGGUACUUCUGCUUCCCAAGCUGACGUUACAGUCUACAAGGCUUUCCAGAAGGAAUACCCUCAAUUUUCCAGAUGGUUCAACCACAUUGCUUCUUUUGCUGACGAAUUCGAAGACUUGCCAGCCGGUAAGGCUCCAGCUGCUUCAGCUGCCGAAGAAGAUGACGAUGAUGUCGACUUGUUUGGUUCUGAUGAUGAUGAAGUUGAUGAAGAAGCCGAAAAGUUGAAGCAACAAAGAUUGGCCGAAUACGCUGCUAAGAAGGCUGCUAAGGGACCAAAGCCAGCUGCUAAGUCUCUUGUUACUUUGGAUGUCAAGCCAUGGGAUGAUGAAACCAACAUGGACGAAUUAUUGGAAAACGUUAAGUCUAUUGAACAAGAUGGUUUGGUUUGGGGUGCUCACCAAUUCAUCCCAGUUGGUUACGGUGUCAAGAAGUUGCAAAUUAACUUGGUUGUUGAAGAUGACAAGGUCUCAUUGGACGAACUUCAAGCCACAAUUGAAGAAGAUGAAGACCACGUUCAAUCCACUGACAUUGCUGCUAUGUCUAAAUUGUAAUCGAAUCUCUAUUGUAUAGAGAAACUGUUUGUUAAUAUAUGACAAAUUGAUUAGUUCGUAAUGAAUACAAGAUAAUUGAAGAUCU